AUGUCGAAUCAGACCACUUCCGAGGGCUUGCGGGAAUACGCGGAGCAAUGGGGACAUGUUAAAGACGCCUACGUCAUGACCGGCAAAGGCUACGCCUUUGUGACUUUCGAGGACGUCGCCAGCGCUCGGAGCUUCCUGGAGAAACGGGAGCAUGAACUGGACGGCAAGGUGGCAGAGGCCAAGGCCGCUGUGCCAAAAGAUCAAGGGGGAAGCAAGCUCACAAAGAAAAUGUUUGUGGGCGGCAUCGGCGACGUCUCAGAUGAAGCCUUUGCCUCCUAUUUCUCCCAGUUUGGCAAUGCGGUAACCUGCACGGUCCUGCGCAGGCCUGAUGGGUCCAGCAAGAACUAUGGCUUUGUUACCUUUGAUGACGAGAUGAGCGUGGAGAAGUGCCUGCUGGGCCAACACACCCUCAAUGGGCGCCAGGUACAGGUGCGCCGCGCCCACCCCCGCGACAGCGGCGGGGGCGAGCGCGGCGGCGAAGGCCGCGCCGGUGACCAGGGACGAGGACCUGGAGGCCCUCCGCCGGGGCCACUCAUGUUUGCUGGUCAGGCUGGUCCCCAGUCCCAGGGCCAGAUGCCCAUGGGCAUGCCUGACCCAUCAGCCAUGCUGGCAAUGGCCCAGAUGCACCCAGCGGCGUUCAUGGGAAUGCCAGGCAUGGGCAUGUACGGCAUGAUGCCCGGCAUGAUGGGCAUGUUCCCUGGCAUGGGCGGCGGUGGCGGCGCGGCCGGCCAGGGCAACGAUGGUCCCUGGUCGGGGGGUCCCUCCUCGUCCAACUGGGGCGGGCAGGGGCAGCCUCAGGGACGGAGGGGCGAGGGCGGGGACCGACAGCCGCGCCAGGGCGGCGGCCGGGAGGGGCGGCAGGACUCGCGCGGACCCAGCGGGUAUGGACGGGCAAACAUCGGAGGGGGCCCCUCCCAGAGGGGGGGCGGCAAUCCCUCUUCCCAGCGUUUCAGGCCGUACUGA